UACACCAUUCAUUGAUAUAAGAUAAACACACACACAUCGGUGUGCUCGUUCAUCACCGUAAUCUUCUUAUGUAAAGAAUAAAGUUCAGAAUGACUCCCACUCCGAUAAUGUGUUACGUAUGACAUUUAAUUGUUUUAAACUACAUAGCGGAGAUCCACACAUCAUACCAGGCAGUUCCAAGAGAGUUUGUGACUAAGAAUCCCAUUAACCAAAGAUGUCACAUCACUGCCUUGAUCAUCCUGAAGAAAUGAACAGUUCGUACUGCUAUCCAUGCGAAAAGUUGAUUUGUGAGCAAUGUCAAGCAGAACAUUCCAAUCAUUUGACAGAAAAGUCAAGUUCUCUGCAGCAAAAAACAUUAGAAAGAUUGCCGUGUACACUAGACCGGGGUAAGAAGAUUAUACCCGAACUAAAGCGUCAGAUAGAACUGGUGGACACACACACAGACAAGGUUAAACAGGAUGUAUCGCUUCUUCAGGAACAGUUAGAGGCACGGUAUCAAGUAAUUCAGGUCAAAGUAAAGGAACAUUAUCACAAACUCUCGCAAGAAUUGAGCGAGUUUGUUACAAAGGUCGAAGAAAGCCGGGAUGAGGAAAACGAAGGCAUACAGGGUAAAAUCAAAUUCAUAGAAGAUGCUUGUAAUAGAUGGGAUGUUGGGAAUUUCGACGAGGUCCUUGACUCAUUCAAAACUGAAAAAUCCUGUGCAAAAUUAGUCGACGAUCCUCAACACGGUACACGUGACGUACGCAAUCCUAAACCAUGGACCCCUGAACUCCAAGUUCACGUCACAGAAGAUGAUAUGUCGAAAGAAAUCGAUGCUUUGUUCGGUACCAUUCAAUACACCGUUGAAGGCAGAGAAAACAAAUCCAUCUCUUUGUCGAACAAUACAUCAGCAAAGGUACAUGUCAAAACAAAAUUAGCUUUCCCACCCAUUCCAGUUACAAAGGGGCAUAAAGUAUCUGGUAUAAUCCAAACAAGUUCUAAUGACGUCAUCAUUGGGUACUCAACGAACAAGAUCGUGCAUUAUUAUGAUAGGAAUGCCAAAAAGCAGAAAUCAAAGGAAUUACCAUUUUAUAUUCAAAACAUGACAUCAACAGGUACGGGAAAAAUUAUUGCUUCUGAAAACAAGGGAUCUCGAGUUAUGACGAUAGAAAAUGAAAAGGUGGGUUUGUUUUUUGAUGCGUCGCCUUGCACAACGUUUGGAAUCUUGUAUUCAGAGAGAUGUGAAUCUGUUUUUCUAUGUUGCCAAUCGGAAAAAGGGGGGUUUGUAUACGUAAUAUCGCAUGAUGGCAAACUGAAAGAAAUAAUCACAGAAGAUAACGAUGGACAGGCCUUGUUUCAGAAACCACAUAGAAUUGCAGAGCAUCCCUCAAAACAACUCAUCUACGUAACCGACUCUGGACGGAAGAUUCUAGUCGCCAUAGACAAAUACCGUACAUGUUUAUUCACAUACAGCGGUGGUCCAGAGAGUCAUAAUUUUAUCCCAAUCGAUGUGAAGUUCUGCAAUCCAAAUAACAUGAUGUUGGUGUCCAACUGGAAAGGCAACAGCGUCCAUCAGCUCACUGAGCACGGAACCUUUCUCUCCUUGGUCCUUUCUCAGGCAGAUAACGUUCUCUAUCCCACCGUUAUGUUGGUGGACUGUUUGAAACGAAUUUGGAUUUCUCACAAAGAGAAAAUCAGCGUAUUGAAAUACAACAAUAAGUAGCUAAAUUAUUUGUAAGAGCAAUGAUUAUGCUAUUAGGUAAUUGAUUACUCUGUCUUUCACGUAUUUUUUCAGAAUAAAGUCGAAUUCCAUCAC